AUGAUCAAGAAGCCUUCUAUUCGCCUCACCCACAGAGAAUACACUAUUGGGUGGAUAUGUGCAUUGCCAAAAGAAGCCGAGGCAGCAAGCUUCAUGCUAGACGUGGAGCACCUGCCCCUUUCAAAUCCGAGAGCUGAUACAAAUGCGUACUGGCUUGGAGCCAUUGGCGAUCACAAUGUUGCCAUUGCUUGCUUACCGUCAGGCAGCUAUGGUAACAACAGUUCGGCGACGGUCGCAGCUCGAAUGAUAUCUACAUUUCCUAACAUUAAAGUGGGUUUGAUGGUAGGAAUUGGAGGUGGCGUCCCCCCAAAUGUUCGGCUCGGCGAUGUAGUCGUCAGUCAGUCUAUGAAUGGGCAUCCUGCAGUUGUUCAGUGGGAUAUGGGUAAGACAGAGGAAGGAGGCAAAUUCAAGCGAACAGGCUCUUUGAACAAUCCGCCCACAGCCGUGAUGACGGCACUGAGUAAGUUCAGGGCUACUUCAAUAAGCUCUCGCCAGAAGAUUCUCGAUUGUUUGGAUGGAUUGAAAACUCGGUCUGAUGUACCGAAAACCUUUCUCAAGUCUGAUUCGAUGAAAGAUCCGCUGAGUGUCACUCAAGGUGCCGAAGGUAACGGGCAAGACUUGAGAGAAGAUAUGCAGAUUCACUACGGCCUAAUUGCAUCAGGCAACCAAGUGAUUAAGGAUACUGCAACUCGAGAUAGACUCAACGCCGACUUCAAUGGAAACGUGCUUUGCGUUGAGAUGGAAGCGGCCGGAUUGAUGAAUGAAUUUCCGUGUCUUGUCAUCCGGGGCAUUUGCGACUAUGCAGAUGAGCAUAAAAAUAAGGUCUGGCAAGAGUAUGCAGCGGCCGUUGCUGCGGCCUAUGCAAAAUCACUCCUCUCUGUUCUCCCAGUGAGUGAGAUGGAUGGGCUGAAAUCCAUUAAAAUUGAAGGCAAGUUGGUUCUCCAAACGGUUGCAGCAAUGAGUUUGACUAAUUUGACAUAG